AAAGCGAAAUUAUCAAAGAAAUUAUUCUUUUGGGGCUUCCACCACCCUGCCCCGAAAGAAAACAGCAGUAGAGGGAGAGAGAGAGAGAGAGAGAAAAAAAAAACAAGGGUUUUCUUCUUCCAAUCUAUUCUGUGUCUCUACAAGUAGGUAUUGUUAAUGGUUAUCGCUUAUCAGUUCAAAUAAUUCUCUUCAUAUAUUUUUCUAAUUUCCCUUUUCAUACUUCUUUCAUCCUGUGCAUUGUUGGGUAAAUUUUAGCUGAAGCGGGAUUGCUUGUUUGUGAGUGAUUAUUGUCCUUUUGUCGAUAUUGAUUGUUCUUUCUUUCUUGCUUGCUUCUUUUUGUUUUCCUGAUCUGGGUUGAUAAUUCCUUGCUAGUAAGAGUGAGAAAGAGGAGAGCUUUGUUGUUGCAGAAGAAGGUAGCGUUUCUGUCUUAGGGUCUUUUUUGGAUUUGAUUUAACUAUUCUGGUUGAGUAGAAUUAGUAGUUCUAGUCUUUCUUCCUCAAGGGUAUUCCAAAAUGCCGAUGUAUCUACCUAAUAGUUGUAGAAGAGAAGGAAAUGUUAAACUAGAUGUUCUGGCUAGUGGUGGGCAAGUGCUAGAUCUGGAAACUGCCGUUAAAGAUGGCAUUUUAGGUGGCAGUGGUGGUGGGUUGAUUUCCACAACCGGCGCUGAGAAAUUGGAUCUUAAAAAGAUGAUUGAAGAACUUGAAUCGAUGGAAGUGCCAUCCGUGUUUAUAUGUCCGAUCUCAUUGUACCCAAUGCAGGACCCAGUGACGCUCUGCACUGGCCAGACAUAUGAGAGAUCCAACAUCCUCAAAUGGUUCUCCCUUGGCCACUAUACUUGCCCUACGACAAUGCAAGAGCUCUGGGAUGAUACGGUAACGCCAAAUAGGACUCUGCAGCAGCUGAUUUAUAGCUGGUUCUCCCAGAAGUAUUUGGCUAUGAAGAAGAGAGCCGAAGACGUGCAAGGGAGGGCUGUUGAGCUUUUGGACACUCUGAAGAAGGUUAAGGGUCAAGCUAGAGUUCAAGCUCUAAAAGAGCUUAGGCAGGUUGUCACUGCAUAUGCCACGGCGAAGAAAACAGUGCUAGAUAAUGGUGGAGUUGCCUUGGUUUCCAACUUGUUGGGUCCUUUCACCACUCAUGCUGUUGGGUCCGAGGCAAUUGGGAUUCUUGUGAAUCUUGAUCUUGAUUUCGUGUCCAAAGCCAAUUUGAUACAACCUGCAAAAAUUUCUUUAAUGGUGGAUAUACUAAAUGAAGGUUCGAUUGAGACCAAGAUUAAUUGUACGAGAUUGAUUGAAAUGUUGAUAGAAGGAAAAGACUUCGAGUUUGAAAAUGUGUCAAGCUUGAGUCUUGUGGUUGGAUUGUUGAGGUUAGUGAAAGAUAAGAGACACGCAAAUGGGGUAUUGGCUGGACUUGGUUUGUUAAGGACUCUUUGUUCGCAUGAACCCCUUGGAAACUCAAUUGUGAGCGUUGGGGCAAUUCCUCAAUUAGUGGAGCUAUUGCCCAGUUUGAAUAAUGAAUGUUUGGAGUUAGCACUUCAUAUUCUGGAUGUUGUCUCAACUAUUCCAGAGGGAAGCAAUGCUUUAAAGGAUUGCAGUGGCACAAUACCGAAUGUGGUGAAGUUGUUGAUGAAAGUUUCAGAGAGCUGUACUCAGCUUGCUUUAUCGAUAUUGUGGGCAGUCUGCAAGCUUGCACCAGAAGAAUGCUCUGCACUCGCUGUGGAGGCAGGUUUGGCGGCGAAGCUGCUUCUGGUAAUACAAAGUGGUUGUAAUCCUGUGCUGAAGCAGAGAUCAGCUGAGCUCUUGAAAUUGUGUAGUCUAAAUUACUCAUCUACUAUCUUCAUUUCCAAGUGUAAGCUUACUAAAACGAUACAAUGAAGGAAAAUGCCAGCUUGUUGAUUUGUGCCAUAUCUUUUUCCUGUUGUCCAGAGAGACAAUUGGGCUGGAGCUUGUGGGAUAGAAUCAGUGGUACCCCUUUUCUGUCCCUUUGUGUAUAUUAAAGAUCUUUUGAUAAAUUCCAUUGGUUUCACGUAGUGGGAGCUGAUAAUGUGGAUUUUAGGCUAAUUGCAUAUUGUGUAAUCAUUAUUUAUUAAUCCACUGUCAAUAAGGCUGGUGUUUUGCCAAAA